GCUUUCUUUAGCGUUGGUUUAUCUAGCAGAAGAUGCCGUCUCGCGCUUGAUGCAGUCGGACGCAGACUCUUGCGUCUUUCAUGGAGCGAUUACACCGGGUGUUGAACACUGCGUAUUUGUGGGAAAAAUAUGAAUUUUUUUAAACCAAAAGAUAAGCAUAAAGUAGAAGGGUAAUAGAAGUUACUGCGCAGGCAGGGUUUGCUGCAUAAGAACAACCUCUAUGUGCCUUCACCUCCACGUGGAUCCCACAGAGUCUCAAGCUUUUCAUGGAACACUGCCUAGAAGUGCCAAUAGCCAGGAAGUAACAGCCAUGGACGUUGCUCCCGUCCCUCCACCUCUGCUUCCUCCUCCACCUCCACCACCUCCUCCUCCUCCUCCUCCUCCUCCUCCACCACCACCACCUCCUGCUCAGGUCCCUUCCAUCAGCCGCCGUGGCUCUGUGCAAAAGCAGCGUCUUCGCAACCUGAACUGGGAGCGCAUUCCUAAGGAGCGGGUGGAAGGACGUAAGAGUGUGUGGAGUGGCGCGUUGACCGCUGGCGAAGACGAUGACUUUCCUAUUGACCUACGCUCUCUGGAUGAGCUGUUUAGUCAGAAAGCGGCACGUAAAACGGAGGGAAGCGAUAGUUUCAGCCACAGCCUGCGCCGCUGCAGGUCCCCACAGAAAACAGGCAGUGAGAAGGUUUCUCUGCUCGAUCCAAAGCGCAGCAUGAAUGUUGGGAUUUUCCUCCGGCAGUUCAAAACCGCAGCAAAGGAGAUUGUGGAGGAUGUGAGGCAGGGGGCCGGGGAGCGUUACGGGGCAGAGAAACUAUCCGAGCUCUGCAAACUGCUGCCUGAUGCUGAAGAGGAAGCACGGCUGAAAAUAUUUAACCAAGACCAUAGUUUGCUAAGAGAGCCAGAUCUCUUCAUGCUCUUACUCAUUGAAGUACGAAAUGUUCGCCUGCGCCUGGAUGCCAUGAUCCUCCAGCAGGAGUUCGACCCCGCAGUGACCUCUCUGUGUGUGGCGGCCAGAUGUCUGAGGGAGGCAGCUCGAGAGCUGCUGAGUUGCCACAAACUUCACUCCAUCCUGCGUCUGGUGCUGAGGGCAGGGAACUACAUGAAUGCUGGAGGUUACGCAGGGAACGCUGCCGGCUUUAGGAUCGCCUCACUGCUCAAACUGGCCGACACCAAAGCCAACAAACCAGGCGUGGACCUCCUACAUUUUGUUGCCAUGGAGGCUGUGAAGAAAGACGAGGAUCUACUGACGUUUCCCACCCAGCUGAGUCAUGUCAGUACAGCAUCAAGGCUGUCAGAGGAGACCGUGCUGGAGGAUCUGUCCCGCUUACACAGUAGAGUAGAGACGCUGCAAAUCAGUGUGCAGACAGAUUCAGAGAUCGAACAGCAAAUGAGACCGUUCCUCAAGACUGCAAAGGUGAAGCUGAUGGAAGCUGAGGACCAGGUGGAAAGCUUGCGUAAGACCAGCCAGGCCUUGGUGGAAUUCUUCUGUGAAGAUGAGAGCUCCUUCAAACUGGAGGAGGCCUGUCAUGUCUUUCACUGCUUUAGCCUUCGCUUCCAAAGAGCUGUGCGGGAAAACGCUGAGCGUGAGCUGCAGGAGCAGAGGCGUGCCGAACGGCAGCGGGAGAACCUGGAGAAAAGGCGUUCACUGGCAGUCUGUAGUGGCUCUGAGCUCGAUGACCUGGAGCGCACUCUUGAGAGAAACCUGAGCUACACCUGGAGCCGCCGCAGCCUCCGCCGACAGCCGCAACGCUUUCAUAGCUUUCAGGACAAGAGCUUGGACCACAGUACCCUUCAGAGUGAAGACCUCCAACAGCCAUUAAAGUCAGAGGGCAACAGUAAAAAUUCCCAGCUUAGGAGACAUUCGUGGAAGGAAUGUGUUAAAACACCAAAUGGUUCGAAUGGAAUUAAAAUGGACUCUGAAUUGUUAGAGGAAUGUGUGUUGCAAACAGACCUUGAUGGAAAUGCGGCAGCUACACCCGAAACAACUGUUACAAUACAGCAAGAGAGGGAGAUGAACACAUCACCAGUUAUGGGAUUAAACUCUAACAAGGUAAUGAAAGUUGAAACGCAGGUUAACAAAACCUCUGAAAGAGUAAAGCAUGUAAAGACGGUCCCAGAUUCAGAAACGGACUGUAUUAAAGCUAGCACCCUGGAACUGCUAUCUGACAGAGUGGCUGUACAGGCUAAUGCCAAGAUCUCGCAGGGAUCCUGCCAUCUAGAAAUCUCGCCUCAGUUGGCGCAGGAAGCUGGGCCAGUCAGCCCAGAGAGAGAACGACUGUACACACGGGUGGGUGAGACCUUGGAAUGCCACACUCUAGUGAAGGGUCUGCACUCAUACGAAGCUCUUUCGCCCACUGGACAACGGGCAGCACCGAGCCACUGCUCAAAAUGGAAAAAAGAGCUGGAGGCUGAAGAGAAAGAUGGUGCAAGCUUGCCCCAAUGCAGGGAAACUCCCAAAAUGCCUAACAAAAGUCCCUCUAAAAGAGGACUGGCCUCACAAAUUGGGCCUGGUAACAGCUCCGGCAUUCCGAGAGCACGUCCCAAGCCAGAGCCAAGUUCGGCUGAGGGACCAGCAACCCCUCGUGGAUCGCGUUCAACCCCUUUACGUUCCGUCUCCAUGCGCUCGUCAGCAGUCACACGGCCCCGCAUUAUCCAGGUUGAGUUGAAGCGCAGCAUCAGCACAAGGGAUAAAGCAAGUGCCCAGUCUGACAGAGUGGUGAAGCAGAACUGCCAACCUACUGAAAAACCCAGCCCAGAGCAAAACAAGACACUUCCCAGCAGUCACCAGCAAUUAGUUAGGGGUUCACCCUUGCGUGUUUCAAAGUGGUUCACGCCCCAUUCAGAGUCCCAGAGCCCAUGUCAGACUCGCACCCUCCAUAGUCCAACUGCAGCUACAAACACAAAGGCCGUCCGGACUGCAGUUAUCAAUGCAGCCAAAGCCAGAUCAGCCAAGAAUGCAGACACAGCGUCCUCUAAGGCAACAGCAGGCUCACGGACUGCUGGCCCUAAAAUCCCACGACCUGCCACUCAGCCCAUGUGGCGAUGAAGUUUGACCUCUGAAUAUUUUCAGUUAGUGCUGACUGAUGGACCUCUGGACGUGUCUGUGUCUGUUUGUGUCUUUAAGGUGAUUUUAAGGUCAUUGUGUAUGCAGGUAUUUGUACUAAAAGCAAGAGGGAUUGAAUGAACCUGUGUUCUGGGUUGGACUGAAGUGACUCCAAUGUUUUUUUUUUUUCCCUGCUAAACCGUCAAUUCAGUCCUUUCCCCUAGCUCUGUCUGUCCAAAAUGCCAUUCAAUAAAGGAACCAUUCAUUCUGUUUGCUCGGUAGGGCCUGAGACCAGGGCAGGGAAAAGGAUCCUUACGAGGAUAGUCACUCCUCUCAGAGUCUUCCACUGAAUCAGGUGUCCCUAUGUGAUUUGUCCUCACUUUUCAGCAGGGUGACUGUUAAUGAUGGAGAAACAAUCCACAGAGCUGGAUGCAGAAGUGCCUUUAGCUCACCCACUACCUCUGAACACUAGCAUGCUCUGUGCAGGCUACAGAGCACCUCUGGAGAGAAGUCAAAAAGGAGUUUCUGAUGGAACAUUGCUGUAAAGGCUAUUAUUUUUUGGACCAGGACAUAUUUGUUGUUCUUAGCUUUGUCUGUCUUCAUGUUAUACCUUAGAUUUCAGUGCAUCACGUGGCAUUAAGUGUAAAUGCUGAACAGGUAGAAUGAGACAUUUGCACUGUGGUAUAAGGACCUUAAUCUAAUAAUGCUAUUUUUUUUUUUAUACUAGUCUACCUAAAUAGGUAGAGUCCACAUUCUACCCAACAGUCCUUACACCAGGUCAGAGCAACUUUAGUUCAAAUUAGGUACAAAGUCAUUCAUUGUAGGCUAUGUGAAGGUAAUUGGGUCUUAAGUCAGUCCAAAAAAGCUACAUGAGAGAUGGUGCCUUUUAUGUUGUAUUGCCUCUGUUGGAUAGAGGUCUGUGCAAUGCUGCCUAUUGGUAUGGGGCUUGUCCCCCCCUUUUUUUACCUUUUCUCAACCUGAUGCACUUUAUGAGACCUGAGAGAUUAAUAAUGAAGUUUGUGUUUUGUGUUGAAGAAACAUUUGAAAAUAUCUAUUGUAAUAUUUGCAUUUGUAAAUAAAAACUAUUAAAUAAAGACGAAA